GGUCAGUAUUUAAGGCCAUGUUCAGACAGUGGUGCAGUUUCUCAUCAUGAUGAAAUGAGAGCACUUUAAUGGCCCGCUUCUAUAACCACAGACUGCUGAUUGGAUAGUUCAAGAUGGUUGUCUUAGGUCUGGCCAUGUUCGUAGCAUUGUCAUCUUGUGCAGUUGGUUGCUCAGGGAACACAAAUUCUUCUGAACUAAAACUUUGGCGCAUAGAAGAUCAACCUUUGGGUGUGCAACUAGCUGCUGUUUUCAAGGAGAUGGAGAGCCUGAAGUGUGAACAAACAACACUUCAGCAGCAGCAGAAUGCUCUGACUCAGAUGCAUAUAUCAAGUCAUCAGAAAAGAGCUCAGAAGAAAGUAGCAGGAACACACAUCCUCACUUACAGUCCAAAUGACAUUAAGGAUGAUAACUUUCAGUCCUCUGUGGAAGAUGCAAGAAGACGAGGUGACCCCUGUUUCCACUACACGGUCCUAGAUCAGACCUGGCGCGCCACCAACACCACCACCAAGAUGAAGAUGUGUGAUCGGCAUGUAGACUGGAAAGGGUGGUACCGUCUUUUCUACAAGGGUAAAAGUCUGCAGAUGCCUGAGAGGUGUGUCCCUGUGAACAAAUGUGGCACUAACUCCCCGCUGUGGCUGUCCGGGCCUCAUCCAAGGAUCAGGGAUGGUAUUGUGACUCGCAGUGUCUGCGGCCAUUGGAAAAAACAAUGCUGUGCUUUCCGUUCCACCCCCAUCAAAGUCAAGAAGUGCCCGGGCAACUAUUACGUCUAUCAGUUCACUAAGCCAACAUCCUGUUAUUUGGCUUACUGUGCAGACGUCAACACGCUUGUGUGCGGGCGAUGCAGGAGAAACCAGUCCUGUGUGAGCAGAGAUAAGAUUAACUGGAGAUGCAAGACAAACAGAAUGUCUUCCCGAAAGAUCCACUUCUUUGCGUCUUACCCUGCCCAAAUCACUGGCAAAAUGAACAGGAUCAAGUACAGCAAGGUGCUGGUGAAUGUGGGCCGAGCCUUCGACAGGAGGACUGGUGUGUUCAGGGCUCCCGUCAAAGGAAUCUACCAGUUCUUCUUCUCCACUCAGACGACCAUUAAGGGCCUUAAAACCGAUCUGUGGCUAGUAAUAAAUAAUUACUGGGUGGCUGUUUCUCGUGCACAUGUUCCCCGUUCCUACAGUGUUGGAAGCACAUCUACAUACAUGACGUUCCUCCGCAGAGGGGCUUCAGUCUAUGUCACCCAUAACUGUGGUAACUCCUGGGCCACCGCUGCAUCCAUGACUAUUACAUUUGGAGGCUCACUGCUUUUACAAAGUAAAUAAUAUACACCCCUUUUUAAAAUGGUGCUCAUUGAUGUAUUGUGUCACUUUUAUUUGUUUUUGUAUUUUAGCAAAGAAGAGAUAAGGAAAAAGUUUGUUCUUUCUGUCAACAGAUUCACUGUUGUUGUAAUUUAUUAUAUUAUUUUUGCUCAUGCUAACUCGUACUAAAUCAACCAGUUCCACUGUAUUAACUACUCUGGGGCGCCAGCUAAAUGCCCAAAGUAUUAAAUGUCUGCUUUGAUGCUUAAAUGAAAAUAUUAAUAUUAAAAAGACUUAAGA